GUCGCGGCCUAUUGCGCCGGUAGGCUUCUUCCCGGUGGGGCCUGAUGGUCAGCCCAAGGCUUCUUCCCGGUGGGGCCUGAUGGUCGGCCCAGCCCGUUCUGGCGCAGGCGAGUGUUGAUAGUGGCGCCAUCUUGUGUUGGCCCAUGCUGCCCCCCGGAACUCAUCUUUCAGCCUCUCUUUGGAGAGGUUAUCUAGAGCCCAGGUUGAUGGGUGGUCUUCAGGCCAGCAUGUGGGUAGUCUUAGGCCACUCGGCAGUGACUGAAAAACCUCAACUGUGCGGCACACUAACACCAGACAAGAGAACCAGGUGGAGAGGUGGAAUUAUAACCUUUGUUGGGGCAGGAUGGAGCACACUAACACCAGACAAGAGAACCAGGUGGAGAGGUGGAAUUAUAACCUUUGUUGGGGCAGGAUGGAGCACACUAACACCAGACAAGAGAACCAGGUGGAGAGGUGGAAUUAUAACCUUUGUUGGGGCAGGAUGGAGCACACUAACACCAGACAAGAGAACCAGGUGGAGAGGUGGAAUUAUAACCUUUGUUGGGGCAGGAUGGAGCACACUAACACCAGACAAGAGAACCAGGUGGAGAGGUGGAAUUAUAACCUUUGCUGGGGCAGGAUGGAGCACACUAACACCAGACAAGAGAACCAGGUGGAGAGGUGGAAUUAUAACCUUUGUUGGGGCAGGAUGGAGCACACUAACACCAGACAAGAGAACCAGGUGGAGAGGUGGAAUUAUAACCUUUGUUGGGGCAGGAUGGAGCACACUAACACCAGACAAGAGAACCAGGUGGAAGAUGCUUGGACAGACCUUUAUUUUGCAGUGGACUAUUCAUAUCAGAAGACAAUUUUUCUUUAUACUCUUAUCAUCACAGCCAUGGGUGGUGUGGUGCCAGGGUGUGUGUGGAUGGCCAUGGGUGGUGUGGUGCCAGGGUGGUGUGGAUGACAGGGAAGAUAGGGGCAGUAAGGUGUGCAUGGGUGUGUGUGGAUGGCCAUGGGUGGUGUGGUGCCAGGAUAGAGUGGAUGACAGGGAAGAUAGGGGCAGUAAGGUGUGCAUGGUUCAUGAGGGUGAGGUCGGGGCUGAGGGCUGCAGCACGGGCAGGGGCGGAGAGAGUGACCACAGCGGCAACAGGGACCCAGGCAGACCCAAGGCUUCCAUCUUAGGUGAUUGCUGA